AUGAAAGAAGAGGGUUUAAACGCUCUGCUGCAGACGAGGGCCAGCAAAAAAGAAGUUGCCAGAAUCAAAAUGCAGGUGGAGAUAAAGAAGAAGCGGCUAGCAGAGCUGGGGAGUGCGCUGGAAAAGAACCAGCAGUCGGUGGAGCUGUCUGUGUGCUAUUUGCUGCUGAAAAGAGAAACGGAGAGGCUUAUCCGAGUCAGCAAGAUCCUUGAAAGAGAGGGCAACAAGGAGCAGGAAAACGCCUGGGUAGUAAAGGGGGUGCACAGCAGAGAGUCUGAGUACAUGCACAAAUUCAAAGAAAUAACAAACAGGUACUACAGCAGGUUUUCCAUGCUUAACUUCACGCACAGGGAGGUGCCUGUUGAGUACUACAUACACGCGCUGGCCACUGAGGAGUGCGGAGUGAUUGAAAUGGGCGACAGCCUGAUUGAGACCAAGAAGGGCUCGCUGUACUAUGUGCGAAAGAAGGAGAUACUGCACCUCCUAGGCAGCGGCGCAAUGAAAGCUGUGAAAACCGACAGCAAGCAGCGCACAGACCUGUAG